AUGAAUCUUUCUAUUAAUUCUGAUGAUAUGCCUUCCUCUUUUAAAAAUACUAUUGUAAAAAAUGGCUCGAUAACUAUUGUUCGGUCGAAUUUAAAUAAUAUACACGAUAUUGGAAAGUGGGUAGAAGAAUUUUCUACAAAAACGAAUACUAGGUGGAAUGUACGAACAACAGUUCCUAAAGGAACAUAUAUUCAAUGCAAAAAAAAUUAUGUUUGCCACCAUAGUUCUCACCAUAAAGUUGACAGAACAUUAAACAAAAGAGGUCAAUCAAAAAAUACUAACUGUAAAGCAUCUAUUAAAAUUUUAGUGAAAAUUGACACUGUAUCUACUAGAAAAAGUGACCCUUUUGUGAAGAAUAAAUACUUAGGCAUGAUUACUAUCUCAAAUACUCAUAAUCAUAAUAUUAAUACUGCUGAAGCACUACGGUAUUUGAAUCCAGAUGUUAAUUUAAGAAGUACAUUUGAAGAUUAUUUUUAUGAUGGGAUGACAAUAUCAGAUGCAUUACGAUAUCAUGAGAGUAUUUUAACAAUGGCAAAUAAACUAAUUGAAGAUUUUGCGAAUGGUAGAAUUAACCCAACAUAUAGAUGUGUGCAAAACUGGCAUGACCAGUGGAGAUUACUAAACCUAGGACCUCGUACUGGUCAAGGAGUAAUUAUGAAACUAGAAGAAAAAAAAGAAACUUAUGCUACAAAUGGGAUUUCAAUUUACUUCCAAGAGGAACCAUUUGUUAUUCUUAUAUUAACUCCAAUUAUGAAACGAGCACAUGAUUUACCAUUAUCCAAAGAUAUUGUAUUUGUGGACUCAACUAGUUCUUGUGAUCCUGAAAACCAUUGCAUUACAUUUUUACUUACUCCAUGUGCUGCUGGUGCAGCUCCUUUAGGUGUAAUUUUAUCCAAAGGCCAAAGCGAAGCAUCCUAUUCAAGUGGAUUUAAUUUAAUAAAGCAAAAUGUAAAAAAUGCAUUUGGUGGUCAAGGUUUCCCAUCUUUAUUUUUGACAGAUAACUCAGAUGCCGAAAUCAAUGCACUGAAAACUGUGUGGCCACAGUCGAGAUCGCUACUUUGCAUUUUUCAUGUUCUACAAUCAGUUUGGAGAUGGCUCUGGGACGGUAAAAAUAAUAUUAAAAAAGAAGAUCGCACUUCUAUGAUGCAUAGUUUUAGAAAAAUAUUAUAUGCACAGACUUCUGAAGAGGCACAAGAAAAAUAUGUUGAAACUAUGAAUAUAAGAAAUAACUAUCCUAUGUGGCAAAAAUAUAUCACAGUUCAUCACUGGAAAUACAAAGAAAAGUGGUGUUUAGCUUGGAGGGAUCAUACUAAUAGAGGCCAUCAGACCAACAACUUUAGCGAAGUAUCAGUGAGAAUUUUUAAGGAAAAUGUAUUAGGUCGUGUGAAAGCAUACAAUGUAAUUUCAUUGAUUGACUUUUGCUGUACAAAAUUGGAGGAAUACUAUAAAAAAAAAUUUUUAGAAUUUUCAAAUGAAAGAAAUUCUACUGCUCGACUGUUUUUUAAAAAUUUAAUUAAAAAAACUGAUUAUAUCAGCAAAGAAGAGAUUACUGUAGACAAUGAAGAAUUUUAUGUCCCAAGCGAAAAAAAUAAAAAAAUGAUGUAUUGUGUUGAACCAAAUAUUGGUGUUUGCUCAUGUGAAGCAGGUAUUCAUGGACAAUUUUGUAAACACCAAUGCAUAAUUUAUAAAUAUUUUAAUAAAAUUGGAGUUAAUUUUCCUCCAGUUACCAUAGAAGACAAAUACUUUAUAGCAAAACUGGCAUUAGGUGAAAAAGUACCAAAUAAGACAUUUUAUGAGGGCUUAUUACCUACAGAAGUAAUUCAUGAACAGUCACUUGUAUCACAUGACUUUCAUCAAGAUAUUGAUUAUGGUGAUGAUGCAAAUAAAAAGAGUUCAACAGAAAAUCCCAAGUUAGAACAACGUAAUUGUUUAUCCAUAUUAGAUGAAAUUACUCAACAAAUGUCUAAUAAAAUAAUGAAAUAUGGCGAGUCAACUUAUGAAAAUUUAUUAAAAUUUAAAAAAAGACUUGAUAAAAUACAUACAGAAGGGCAGUUUAAUACUUUUUUAGCAACAACAGGUACAUCAUCAUUAUCUCUUAGACAUAGAGAUGGAGCGUCGAUCAAAGUACAACCAACAACAAUAGCUAGGAGAAGACCAGGGAUUACUAGAGGAAGUAAACGUUUGCUAGCAGGUAGACCAGCAACAACUGAUAGUAACCGUCCCAAAAAGAAGCCCAGAAAUUUACAGAGUAACAUUAGAAAUUGUGUGACUAAUGCAAAAUCACAUUAA